UUAACCGAUUUGCUGUCAUUUCAGGAGGCAGAGUUGAUCGCGGCCAUUUCGAGACAUCAAAUCGCCGUUUCUGAAAGUGGACGAUGUAAGGGUCAAUUCAACCUGUUGUCUAAAGCUGCCAAACCAAAGCGGUGGUUCUCUGCCGAAGAUGGUCGGGCUAUUGAAAUGGACACUCAGCAUACCUUACGUGGCAGAGAACUGCUGGAAAUCUUCGAAAGCCUACGGCUCGACUGUAUGACACAGGACGAGCGGUUAGACAUACUUUUGACGGUAAAACAGACGGUUCGUGAACAUUCGAACUCUCUGACCAAAGAGAUUACCGACUUGGUGGAUCGUGAAGCCGACUUCAUUAUGCGUGGCAUCACUAGCGCCCAACUAACUGGUUUACGAAGCCGUUUGUUAAAUCGUUUCGUUCAAUACGCCAAGGUACCACUUCACAAUCCUGAGAUUGCAAAGUAUCUCAGUGUUCCUACGGGCACAGUUGAAGGUGCAGCGGCCCUGUUUCGAGGGGAUGUGACGUACUGUCUGUCAUGUCGGCGCUACCUUAAGUGCAGUGAGUUUCCACUGAGUGCCAGAUCCACUUCGAUGGCGCCAUGCAGUACCUGUCGUAGGCAAGACAAUCGGGCUCGUCUGCGCCACGACAUGGAGCCAUACAGGCGGAUUUUAAGAGCGCUGCGCCUUGAGGAGGAAACUAAGACAUCGCUGACUCGGGAACAGGUGAAAAAAGAGGCAAAACGAGAAGCUCUUCGUCGUCACGAGCAACACGAGACCGAGGAUGUGGCAGCUGAUGAAGCUCGUCUAAUCAGAGAAUUAUCUUAUCAGUAUCGGGUUGAUUCGAACUUAGCCAUGCUGAUUAAUGCUGAGGAUAUGCGAUUCCUUGUGGAGGACAUUUGGGAGCGACGCAGUGUCCUGUCGAGUGUUGACGAUAUCGCAGAGCUUUGUUUUACUCGUUGGAUUACCAAUAAGCCCUGGUCGCCUUGGAAUGCUUUUCUUGUCACCAGGGACGAAGCUAAACUUCACGCGGGCCUAAGCAGUACAGGAGCCGCCGGUGUCAAUCUCUCCAAUGAGGAAGUGUAUGGCAAAGCUUUUAUCAACCGAAUCAACCAACGACUUGCAAUGGCCCGUUACGCGUUCUCGCGCCUAGUCAAGUUGGAUCAUCAACAGGCUCAAAUGGCGAUACCGAACGCGGUCACGGAUCAAAUGACCAUGGUCGACCCGGUGGCGCGAGCCCCGGCAUCGGCAUUCACGCUGACUCGACAUCGUCUCGGUUACAUGAACGAGCCGAGGGUGGCGAUUGCAGAGGGCAGCUCUCUUUGGCGCAGUCUGCAGCGUCGUUCACUGAACCCAAAACAUGAGAUGACCAUGUCAUCGGAGCGCCGACACCAGCCAACAUUCCAGCCAGAGCCGAUUAUGCUGCCCAUGAUAAAGGGCGAGGCUCGUCUCACUGUUCCGAUGUCUGGCAAGCCGACAGUUUAG